AUGAUGUCGAGUCUACAGAUACCGUCCAUCACAAUAGAAGAUUUGCAGGCCUUCCAAGCGAAGCAUUUCCCCAGUAGUCAACAAAUCACAUCGCUCGACUACACCUAUAGCGAGACUGUAGAUGAAGAGGUUGAUUAUGAUGACGGUCUCGGCUACUACCCAGAUGGCGUGAAGCGUACUCUCACGGACGAGCAGAUCCGAAUUUUCAGACACAGUGAAAUCCACUCACUACUUCGCGAGAAGCAACUACGAGAGGAGGAGCUGGCUGAAGAGGCCCGUGAGUUAACGCCUGUGAGGCAGGUUUCUGGGGGUGUUGCUGCUGAAGGUCAAGAAGAUACGCCCUCUGGCAUUCCGGACGGUCAACAGGAGAAGAUGCCUGAGGCGAAAGAGGGCACUGGCUUGGAGCCAAAUGAGGCGCAGGAUUCGUCGAUAAUGAAGCGGUCAGAAGAGGCAAGCUUACGAGGGGGACUUGAUCACGAUGGAGAUACUACAGCACAGUGGGAAGCACAUGCGCGUGGCUCGCACUUUGCUGGACGCAGAAUCAUAUCCUACGAUGAUUGA